UUCUGCUGCGUUCACACUCCUGCUCAACUUCUAAAUCACACCUCCUAUCUGGUAUGACGAAAAUAAUACGCUUCGCCUGCAAUGUCCUUCCAUUCUUUGCCCUCACGAGCAAAAUCAGCGCAGAGAACAAUGACCCAGGUCUAUUCGGACCGUUUCCCGACUGGCGCAUCGAGUAUAAAUCGUUGAUGCAUCCCCCUCUGGGAGAAACCCCCGCUAUCUGGCUGGCAGCACAAAGUAUCUUAGUCGAGUUGUUGGGUUCAUUCGAACCCGUAGACUAUGGACAUUGGCCUAAUAUCAAUCCCGUUGGCAAGUUGCCAGGAGAAAAAGCAGGCGAGUACCUGGCUUCCCUUUUGGUUCCUGAGGAUGAUGUCAAAUCUUUCUUCCGCCAUCCACACAACAGCACCUUAAUCUACCCAGCUCGUAUCUGUACAGAUAUUAUGAAUUCCUCAAUAAAGAAGAUGAAUAAGGUUCCUCAGACGAGUGAUGUGCUCGACUUCGGCGCAAGCUACAUCUUCGGAAAUGGUUUCAUUGUCGGAUUUUCAAAAUCAGUCUGCAAGGUCCUGAACCCUGAUAUGGUUAAGAACAAGAAGAAAAAGAAGAAGAAGAAGAAGGGUAAGAUCGAUGAACGAAAACUCAAUACUGCGCUCAACGCCGGGUUCAAUAAACUCACUAACGCGCUUUUGGUUGGUUUGGGUACUCAUGGAACGGACACAGCUCAAUUCGUAUCUCAAUUAGAAGCACGCCUCCGAUAUAUCGACCACUCUCAAAAUCUGGAAAGAACUUAUGGGCGUCUCUUGAGCGACUUCACAUCCCAAACAACGCAAUUUGCCUCGAUUGCAGCUCACCAGCCUAAUGCGUCGAAAUCGCUAAGGGAAUUCAACAAGCUGAGCUGCAAUGCUUUGUCGCAACUGCCGCACAGAGACGUGAAAAUCAACCUUGCACAAUGGCACGAGACCGAGAACGCGACCGCUAUGGUGGGAAUGUUUGCCGAGAUUUCUAUUAAAUCUCUGGAGUUUGCAACGCCCAUCGGUGGUAAAAUCAAACAGGCUGCACAAAGCGCGAUAACGUCGAUGUCAAAGGUGCUUAAAGAGUUUGGAACAGUACCAUACAGUAUCUUGAAUGGGAGAUCUCUGGAGGACUCAGAGCCAAGGGUUCAGUUGACGAAGAGAAAGAAGGAUGUACCUGUGACCAUGCAUGAGACGUCAAGUUCACUACUUCCUGUAUCGUCUACAAGCUUUUAUUCUGGGCCUGAAAUGGCAUCACACCCAAGUACCAGGAUCAAAAGUGCCACAUUCGAAACCGGCAUUACAAAUUCUGGCAAUUCUCAACCAUCUCCUACAGCCACCGCGAACCCUCAAGACGAAGAACCGCAACCCACACCCACUCUCCUCACCACCUUCGCGAAGCGACCACCCUUCCUCCUCAACUUCCGGCACCUCCACCCCUUCCUCGAUAAAUAUCCCACCCGCACCGUCAUCGCCACGCAGUCUAGACUCGGUGAAGUCAUGCCUACACCCCUCAAUCCCGCACAGCUCGCCCCAGGCACCCGGCGUCCUGGCCUUAGCAUCCCCAUAAGCAUAACAACUGUAACCGCACUACCUACCAUUGCAAGAACCAUGCCGAGGUUGGAAGUGGUGGUGAAGAGUGAGACGGCGACGGUGACGACGACGAAGACAAUGAAGAUUACGAAGUGGCAUACCAGGACGAAGACGGAUUAUCAGUGCCCAUGGUACGGUUAGUAAGUGCCAUCGGGGAUUUCCGGAUAUGUGUUGGUACAAUAUGGUGGGACAGUAGGUUGGUGGGAUGUGGGUGGAGGUGUUUGCGUUUUUGGAGGUUCCCUUUCAUGAUGGAGAAAAGAAUGAGUUUGGAUGGUGAGGAUCGAGUUGUUGGAGCUUUGUUUGCUUGAGGAGUUUAUUUAUUUAUUGUUUAUAGAUAGAAGGCUCGGAUGUCUCUUCCUAGACUGACUAAUGAAUGAGAUCUGACCG